AUGGCCUCCGAGUCGCUCAACUCGCCCAGCGGCCAGUUCCGCGGCCGCAGCCAGGAACCCGUGGCCUCUGGCCGAGAGAGUACGCCACAUGCAGCGCGCGGAGCCAGCGCAACGCCUCCCCCCUUGGCCUGGUUUCCCCUAGGCUACAGGGAAGGCUUUAGUCAAUGGUGGGCGUCUUUACCCGCCGCCACAGCCGAACACAGAGUUCUUUCCCACCUCCCUUAUCUCCAGCAUCAACCCCCAACCCACCUCCAGACCGGUAAAACGAGCAAUGUUUCCGGAGGCACAGGCAGUCUCCAGUCCGCCGAUCAAACCCAACAGGGUGAGGUAUCAGCCAGUUCUACCAAUGACCCGUACGGCCCUCGAAUGUGGCGCUCCAGCAUGGUGGAGCUGAGCGGGAAAAAUCGGGCUCUGAACGAGUUCUCAGUCGAGCGGAUUGGUGAAGAAGCAGAUCAACAUCUGGUCAUGCUUCAUGGAUACGGUGCUGGUCUGGGGUUCUUCUAUAAAAAUUUUGAGCCGCUUAGUCGCCUGAAAGGGUGGCAACUCCAUGCGCUGGACCUCCUGGGCAUGGGCCGCAGCACGCGGCCGCCCUUUCGCAUCAAGGCGAAGGAGCGUGAGCAGGCCAUCGAAGAGGCAGAGGCAUGGUUCGUGGAUGCGCUAGAAGAAUGGCGAGUCAAGCGCAACAUCGACCGUUUCACACUCCUCGGUCAUAGUUUGGGAGGCUACAUGGCCGUGGCAUACGCUCUCAAAUAUCCGGGGCGACUCAACAAGCUUAUCCUAGCUUCCCCCGUGGGAAUCCCAGAGGAUCCAUAUGCUGUGCGGGCAGAAAUGCCUGCGCCAAACGAGUCGACUAUGGCGAAUGAGCUCACCCAGAACCAGCGCAAUAUCGCCGAAUCCGCCUCUUCGGUUCCCCCGGCUGAGCUUCAGAAAGGCGACAACAAUAUUCUGCUGAAGGGUUCCCCUACAAAUAGUGGUGCUUCCCCGGACCAACCGCCCCGGCGCAUGGUUCCCAAGUGGUUCGCCUACCUUUGGGAUGCCAACAUCUCCCCCUUCAGUUUGGUGCGAUGGGCGGGACCGCUCGGUCCGCGCCUGGUCUCCGGGUGGACAUCCCGGCGUUUCUCUCAUCUCCCGGCAGAGGAGGCCAAGGCUCUGCACGACUAUUCGUAUUCGAUCUUCAGCAUGCGCGGCAGCGGCGAGUACGCUCUAUCGUACAUUCUCGCGCCGGGCGCUUUCGCCCGCAGCCCGCUAAUUCGCCGCAUCGAGGGCCGCGAAAACGGUCUCCCCAUCAUCUUCAUGUAUGGUGACCACGACUGGAUGGACGUAAAAGGCGGAAUAGCCGCGAAGGCUAAGCUGGAUCAAGAGAAGGAGCGUAUCCUGCAAAACGCGACGGUAGAGGAACGCGAAACAGACAAUGGCUCGGCCAAGGUGGUUAUCAUCAAGAGGGCAGGCCAUCAUAUCUAUCUAGACGGAUGGGAAGAAUUCAACCGGAUCGUCUUGGCUGAGAUGGAGCAGGUGGCUGAGAAGGAGAGAGCUAAUCGAUCUUCAUAG